AAUGAUCUCUCUUCUCAGCCAUGCUGCUGAGAGCAACUUCCACACAGUCCUGGACACACUCACCAUGUUUGCGUCCAGGCUGUGCAAAGGCCAGAGUGGGAGGAUUUCCAGGAGCAAGAAGACGGAGCUGGACAGCAAGAGAGCUCAUGCUACACGCAGCGCUCUCAUCCUUGCCCAUGGCAGCUUGGCACUGCAAGCCUCCAAGGAACAGCUGCUUGCCCGCCUAGAGGGAGACAUCGUGGGCAACAUCCUGCUGCUGUACAGCUGCAGCUGUCGGGUGAGAGCUCAAAACGUGCCAGGGUGUCUGAGCGCCCAGCUGCAGCCCCUCCACGUGGGGGGAUGCUGAGAUGGGCCUUC